GAUGGAAUUCAGCGCUGUGGAUUAGCGUUAUCCUGGCCUUAUAAAGCUACGUGUUCUCAGUCUAAGCGCCAGACGGUUUUCCACUAUGUACAAACUUAGUGUCCUACUCGUGAGCCUGUGUUUAGGUUUAUCAGCUGCCAGCCCAAAUGGGCGCAUCGCUGGAGGCAUCGAUGCAACCGAGGGCCAGUUCCCAUACCAGGUGUCCCUGCGAGACCAGGAGUUGACACACUUCUGUGGCGGAGCGAUCAUAAACAAUCGUUGGAUCAUUACGGCGGCCUCGUGUGCUGUUGGAAGAGAACCAGCGAAUGUGCUGGUACUAACGGGAAGUGCGCGUUUGUCCACUGGCGGAACUAACCAUCAAGCGGAUAGAAUUAUAGUGCAUCCAUUUUUCAACGAAUUAACGCUGGAGAAUGAUGUGGCGGUGAUUCGAACACGUACGCCCAUCAUCCUGACUGGGGACACUUCCGCUAUCCAGAUGGCAAGCAGCUAUUUAUCAAUAGCAUACGGAGCCCUGAUUUCUGGAUGGGGACGACGGGCGAUUGACAGUCCCCAGUUCCCGGAUUGGUUGCAGUAUAUUUCGACUACGAUCUUAACUCACACGGAAUGCCAAGGGAGAUUCGAGUCUCCGUACGAUGAUCGGAUAGUGACCAGUGUAAUUUGCACGGCAAGCCCGCCAGGGGAAGGAGCCUGCCUUGGUGACGCUGGAUCCCCGGUGGUUUACAACGGCGAACUGCAGGGUGUUGUGUCAUGGAGCAUUCCAUGCGGAAUGGGACAUCCGGAUGUGCACUCUAGGGUGACUAGCCACAGGCCAUGGGUUAUGGUGCACACGAUGAUUUUCGACACUGAAAACGGUGAAAACAUGUUUCGACUUUGUUUAUUAUUUGUGAUUGGAGGGGCCGUUGCUGUUUUCGGCAGUACUCUACCAGCCAAGUUCCUCGAGUGGGAAGGACGCAUCGUCGGAGGAUCGAAUGCCGCAUCGGGCCAGUUUCCGUACCAGGUUUCACUGCGUUCGUCCGGCAAUGCACAUUUCUGCGGAGCAUCUAUAAUUAACAGCCGUUGGGUGCUCUCGGCUGCUCACUGCACCGUGGGACGCACCUUGGCUAACACUCGGGUGGUGGUUGGAACGCAUCUGUUGAACAGCGGUGGCAUAUCCCAUGCCUCCUCCCGCAUUGUGAACCAUGGAUCGUACAACGCCAACACCCUAGCCAACGAUGUUUCACUGGUCCAGACGUCGUCGACUAUCACAUUCAACAAUCUUGUCCAAACUAUUGGUCUAGCAUCUAACUUUAUCAAUACUGGCAGUGGUGCCCUUGCUUCAGGCUGGGGACGUCUCGGAGCUAAUGCUGGAAUCCCGAACAACCUGCAGUGGCUGAGCACCAGCAUCAUCACCCUGGCCGAUUGUCGCGCCCGUCAUUCGGCAGCAAACCGAAACAGUGUCUUCGAUAACACCGUGUGCACUCUAAGUCCAUCCGGUCAGGGUAUGUGCAUGGGAGAUUCCGGUGGCCCACUGGUCCAUGGUGGUCUGCAGCAAGGUAUCGUAUCCUGGGGAAUUCCAUGCGGUCUAGGUGCUCCGGAUGUAUUCGCUCGUGUAUCGUCGCAUCGCACCUGGAUUCUGAACAAUGCUGUGUAAGUCGUGAACGGAAACUUGUUAAAUCAUUACUUCUUACUGAUGAUUCUUGAUACCAUUGCAUUGUUAUGUAGCACAGCUUGAGAGCAAUAAUUAAAAAUUAAAUUCAUUCAUUUUCAAA